AAAACAGUUAUAGUAGUCUUGCUCAACUUAUAGAUAAACCUCAAAAACCCCAGGAGCGAGAGGCCGGGAGCAGGAGCAGAAGCACAGCGUGGAAGAGGAAGACAAUGUCCGUGGGGGCAUGAAUGCUCUUGUUUGAGCUGCUCAGGCUUGAGACAGAACACUUUACUUGUUCUUCAAAACUUCACAAAUUUGCUAAUGUCGUCAUAAUUGCGUAAAACCCAAAGAAUGAACCUGCCAAUCCCACACAAACAGAAUCCACUUCUCAAGCCUUCAACACUACUAGUCCAAACCACUCAAAGUUCCCUUAUAUUACGAUUUCCCCCAAGCUGCAGACCCACAAUUUCCCCGAGGAAACCCGUUUUUAGAAUCCGUUCCUCUGUAAAUCCAAAUGAAUCUGAUGGAUUUUCUUGGCCAAAGCUGUCUCGGGCAGUUCAGCUCGGGUCCCAGCGGUUUCUGCUGAAACUCGGCGAGUCAGUGAAGAGAGAAACUGCGUUCGACGUGGAAGGGGUUAUAAGUGAAUCAGUGGAGAGUGUUAAGGAUCAAGUCAAGAAUGGUCAAGCAGAGUUUACUAGGUUUAGGACCGAGCUUUUGCCUGAGUUUCUUGAUUGGAAUAGGUGGGAGCGAUGGAAGGACUUCAAGAAUUGGGAGCCUAAAAGAGUUGGUGUACUAUUUCUCUAUGCUUUUGUCAUGGCGUUUUCUUGUCAAAGGAUUUAUGUUGCUAUUCGAGCUCCUUACCUAGAUCGAGAAAGAAGAGAGUUAACAGAGGCUUAUAUGGAGGCACUGAUUCCUGAGCCAUCUCCUAUUAAUGUCAAAAAGUUUAAGAAGAGUAUGUGGAGGAAGGUAAUGCCCAAAGGCUUGAAAAUGAAGAAGUUUGUUGAAGGACCUGAUGGGACACUAAUCCGUGAUACUUCCUAUGUCGGAGAAGAUGCAUGGGAUGAUGAUCCAGUGCCUCCUCAGGAGAAUGUGAAACAAAUUAUUGACAAGGAUAUGGGAUUGAGUGCAGAAGAAAAGAAAGAAUUGAAGGAAGACUUGGGCAUUUCAGGUGAAGUCCAAGAAAAUGAAGGAACUUGGCGUGGAAGGCUGCAGACAUGGAGGGAGAUACUGAGAAAGGAUAAGUUAGCAGAGCAAUUAGAUGCCUCAAACGCCAAGUAUGUAGUUGAAUUUGACAUGAAAGAGGUUGAAAAUAGUCUUCGUAAGGAUGUAGUGGAAAAAGUCACGGACACACAGGGGGCCAGGGCUUUAUGGAUAUCCAAGAGGUGGUGGCGUUAUCGUCCUAAACUGCCAUACACUUAUUUUCUUCAAAAGCUUGAUUGCUCUGAGGUAGCUGCUGUUGUCUUCACAGAGGACCUGAAAAGACUGUAUGUAACGAUGAAAGAGGGUUUUCCAUUAGAAUAUGUUGUUGAUAUUCCUCUUGAUCCAUUCUUGUUUGAGGCAAUCUCAAGUUCUGGAGUUGAAGUAGAUCUUCUUCAGAAGCGUCAAAUCCAUUAUUUUUUGAAAGUUGUGAUUGCUUUGUUGCCUGGAUUACUAAUUCUUUGGCUUAUAAGGGAAUCUGUGAUGUUAUUGCACAUUACUUCCAAUCGUUUUCUUUACAAGAAGUAUAAUCAAUUAUUCGAUAUGGCAUACGCUGAAAAUUUUAUCCUGCCAGUUGGAGACGUUGGUGAAACAAAAUCAAUGCAUAAAGAAGUGGUACUUGGGGGCGAUGUCUGGGAUCUUCUUGAUGAAAUAAUGAUUUAUAUGGGAAAUCCCAUGCAAUACUAUGAAAGAGGGGUGAAGUUUGUUCGGGGCGUUCUUCUCUCGGGGCCUCCUGGAACAGGAAAGACACUUUUUGCACGGACGCUUGCUAAGGAAAGUGGAUUGCCUUUUGUUUUUGCUUCUGGUGCAGAGUUUACAGACAGUGAAAAAAGUGGUGCAGCGAGGAUCAAUGAGAUGUUUUCCAUUGCUAGAAGAAAUGCUCCUUGUUUUGUGUUUGUGGAUGAAAUUGAUGCCAUUGCUGGAAGGCAUGCAAGGAAGGACCCACGAAGAAGGGCAACAUUUGAGGCUUUGAUUGCACAACUUGAUGGAGAGAAGGACAAAACUGGUGUAGAUCGGUUUUCUCUUAGACAAGCUGUGAUAUUCCUUUGUGCUACCAAUAGACCAGAUGAAUUGGAUCUGGAGUUUGUUCGUCCUGGGCGCAUUGACCGUCGAUUGUACAUUGGCUUGCCUGAUGCAAAGCAAAGAGUGGAAAUUUUUGGUGUACAUAGUACAGGGAAGCAACUUGGAGAUGAUGUUGACUUCGGAAAGCUUGUCUUUCGUACUGUUGGCUUCUCUGGGGCAGAUAUUCGUAAUCUUGUUAAUGAAGCUGCAAUCAUGUCUGUAAGGAAAGGGCAUUCCAGGAUCUACCAGGAAGACAUUGUUGAUGUUCUAGAUAAACAGUUGCUUGAGGGUAUGGGCGUGCUUCUUACAGAAGAAGAACAGCAGAAAUGUGAAGAAAGUGUGUCAUCUGAAAAGAAGAGACUUCUGGCGAUUCAUGAAGCUGGUCACAUAUUAUUAGCUCACUUGUUUCCACGCUUUGAUUGGCAUGCAUUUUCUCAACUGCUGCCUGGUGGCAAGGAAACUGCAAUAUCUGUGUUCUAUCCCAGAGAAGAUAUGAUAGACCAAGGCUAUACAACCUUUGGCUACAUGAAGAUGCAAAUGGUGGUAGCUCAUGGUGGUCGUUGUGCUGAACGUCUUGUGUUUGGUGAUGACAUUACUGAUGGAGGUAGUGAUGAUCUUGAAAAGAUAACAAAGAUUGCUAGGGAGAUGGUAAUCAGCCCUCAAAAUGCAAGGUUGGGCCUUACUUCUCUGACAAAAAGAGUUGGACUAAUGGAUCGACCAGAUAGCCCAGAUAGUGGGUUGAUAAAGUAUAAGUGGGAUGAUCCUCAUGUAAUCCCUGCGAACAUGACACUUGAAGUAUCUGAGCUGUUUACACGAGAGUUGACAAGGUACAUUGAAGAGACAGAAGAACUUGCAUUGAAAGGACUGAGGAACAAUAUGCACAUACUGGAUGUGAUUACCAAGGAACUGUUGGAGAAGUCAAGGAUAACUGGAUUGGAAGUAGAGGAGAUAAUGAAGGGACUUUCUCCAACAAUGUUUGAAGAUUUUGUAAAGCCUUUCCAGAUAAACUUAAAAGAGGAGGAACCAUUGCCUCACAAUGACAAGUUGCGAUAUCAACCAUUGGAUGUACAUCCUGCGCCCCUUCACCGAUGACAGAUUAUGAUAUCAUCUAUGGAACAUAUAUUAUACACUAUUCCUUUAGUGUAGAAGCUCCUUGGACUUGGAUGCUAUAACCUCGGUCUUAUCCAUGGUAAUGUUGCAACUUAUACAUCAACAACUUCUUGAAGCUACCAGAGUCCAUUAGUGGGCGAGGCAUGAAUUUGAUUAUUAAUGGUGAGAAAAUGUCCAAGCAAGGAAGUUCAUAGGCAGGCUACACUUGAUUUGUGUAAGGCCUUGCAAUGGGGUUUAUCUGCAAUGAAUUUGGCAUGGGAGGAAAAUCUUUUGCAACAAGCAUGGCUUUGAAUCUAGUAAUGGAAUUUAAAAGCAUGCUGACAUUUUUCUCAAUCACUUGGUCGCUAUUGCUGACAUUAAGGAACAUAAUGUUGUUUUGAGAUGAUCCAGUCAUAAAUGUAUACAAGUAAAAUUUUUAAAAUGUAAAAGAAUUUUGGAGCACUCAAAGAUUUUAAUAAAUCUGAGGGUCUUUUCAUUUUA